GAGAGAGACGUAUCCGUUUCAGAGAAAGACAGAAACUGAGAGAGAGAGAGAGAGAGACGCAGCACAAUGUCUUCGUUGGAUUUGUUCCUCUUCUCUCUCAGCAGAACCUUUUGUAGUCCAAUCGCGGUUUUCAUUCAGAUCCAGGGAUGUUUAAUUUGCUUAACACUUGCUUUGGGGUGGGCACUUGCUGCUUAUGUCAGGAACAGAGAGAUAAAACAAAUGAAGGAUGGUAUGAAGAAUGGCAAUAGCUUUUCUUUCCUUUAUCAUGACAUUAAUGAACUUGAGCACUCCAAUCAGGUCUAUCUUCCAAGAGUGACAGUAAUUAUGCCCCUAAAAGGGUUUGGAGAACACAAUCUCCAUAAUUGGAGGAGUCAGAUAACAUCUCUUUAUGGUGGCCCUAUAGAAUUUCUUUUUGUGGUAGAAAGUACAGAGGAUCCUGCUUACCAUGCUGUAUCACGACUAAUAUCAGAAUUUGAGGAUUAUGUUGAUGCUAAGAUUGUUGUAGCUGGUUUGUCAACAACUUGUAGUCAGAAAAUUCACAACCAAUUGGUUGGAGUGGAGAAAAUGCAUAAAGACAGCAAGUAUAUAUUGUUUUUGGAUGAUGAUGUUAGGCUGCAUCCUGGAUCAAUCGGAGCGCUCACUCGUGAGAUGGAAAAGAACCCAGAAAUAUUUAUUCAAACUGGAUACCCUCUUGAUCUGCCAUCUGGAAGUCUAGGGAGUUACUGCAUCUAUGAAUACCAUAUGCCUUGUUCAAUGGGCUUUGCCACUGGUGGAAAAACAUUCUUUCUUUGGGGAGGGUGCAUGAUGAUGCAUGCUGAUGACUUUAGGCAAGAUAGUUAUGGUAUAGUCUCAGGACUUAAAGAUGGUGGAUAUUCUGAUGAUAUGACUCUUGCAGCCAUAUCUGGGGCUCACAAAAGGCUCAUUUCCUCACCUCCAGUUGCUGUCUUUCCUCAUCCCCUUGCAAGUGAUCUUAAUUUUGGAAGAUACUGGAAUUACUUGAGGAAACAAACAUUCGUUUUGGAGUCAUAUAUAUCAAAUGUUAACUGGAUAAUGAACCGUGCAUUGUUUGGUUCCCACUGCUAUCUGUCAUGGGGAUUUGUAGCACCAUAUGUAAUGGCAAUAAUUCAUGUUGCGGCAGCAUUAAGAUUGGCCGCAUUAAGAUUUUACGAUAAGGAGUACUUACUUGAAGAAAUGACCUACACUUCUGGUGGGUUAUCAUUGGUGACCUUCCUAGCUAUAUGCACUCUUGUCGAGCUUCUUUCAAUGUGGAACUUGACAAGGAUAGAGGUUCAGCUGUGCAACAUGUUGUCUCCAGAGGCAACGCAACUUUCUCUAGCCUCCUAUAAUUGGUGUCUUGUAUUCAUUGCACUGCUGGUGGAUAACUUUCUUUACCCUAUCUCGGCGGUUCGCUCCCAUUUUUCACAAUCUAUCAAUUGGUCUGGUAUUCGGUAUUAUUUGAAAGAUGGAAAAAUUAGCAAGAUUGAAAGAACUCAGAGAAGCAAAGAUAUGGGUCCAAUUUUCACGGACUUGGGAGGAAAACAAUUAUACGGAAAGAAAGGGAUGCCUACAAGAGGUUCAUUCCUCAAUUGUUUGUCCAGAAGUUUGGCGCAAUGGCAUCAACCUAAGAAAUUUGAUAACUAGGAAAGAGUUUCAUGUAGCCAUCAAAUUCUGUCUCUUCUGUCUAUCUCUUUGCCUCACUUGGGAAGCAUGGGUGUUGGUAGAUCAAAUUGAUCUUAUUUAUUGUUUGGUGCAUUCAUGAUUGAUUGUUUUUGUGGUAUGAAUCCAUUUCCAUUUUUUCAUUAUUCAU